AGUAAACCGGGAUUAUAAGUGUUCUGAAGCUUCUACACCAAUCACCAAACACCUCUCCUCACGAAGAUCUUCAGCUUCAAGGACUUUUGAAUCGUCGAAUCUCUCUAUUAGUUACGAUCUCCAACUGAUUCUUACUGGGUAAUUUUCAAAAACUUGAAAAUUGAGUGUUUCCGACCGUCGAAUCGGAUUCGAUGAACUGGGUUCAACGAAAAACCUAUCUUUACAACGUCACCUUCGGGCUUUACAUGCUUGAUUGGUGGGAACGAUACCUAUUCAAUUCUUUGGUGAUAAUCUUGAUGUGGUUUAUUCUGUACAAUGGAUCUCGCUAUUUUUCAGAGCUCUGCAAGAGGCAUCUUUCAUGAAACCAGGUCAUAGUCAUCACGCCAUGGAAGCUUGAAACCGACAUGGUUAUCUGAGACGUAUGCCAACAAACUCCUUUGUGCUGCUUUGCACCUCCUUCUUUGGCAUAAUUUCUGAUCAUGUAACUGUUCAUAUAUCAUUUAUUCCCAUGUAUUUUUUGGAAUGAACUUCAUUUGUUCGAUUCUACUUGCUUCUACUUCAAAUUUUGAGACAGGGCCAAAUCAACUACUUGCAUCUUUUGAUGUUUAGAGUCCAUGAACUCAAAAAAUUUAGGUGUUUUGUGGGCACUUAAAGCUUAACGAAUCUGAUAUAAUCUCCA